AAAAAAGACUCAAUGUCGCUGUUGCCAACUAACUGCAUACUAUCUAUACCUUCUCACCAACAUCCCUUCAAUGCACCGAAACCAGCCGCUGCUUCCUUCCCGGUACUUAGCGCCGCUUUCGCCAUCCGACGAGCAUCGCUUCAAGAAGGUCGCCAGGAAAAGUGCCAUCGACGUCGUUCGGUACGCCGUACCCACGAAUGGACCCGUUCAGUGGGUAGUUGGCAGUCCCGACCGGGGUAUUUCCAUAUCCAAAGCCGCCCCUCAGAAACAUCACAAAGAACAAGAACCAACAUCGACCAUCUCGACGUACUGUAGCUCCAUGACAAUGCACGCGACCGUGGAUGAAAUCUCGUCCAUGUUUACUCCAAGUUCACACCAACCCAAACGCUCCUUGGUCCCAGGCAUCAUGGGCGAAGCGAAUCUGGUCACGGUAGCGAGUCCGUCCAUCGACGACCCGCGGCACUACAUUGCCAUCCGAUGGGCGGCGGUCCGCUCCCCUGUGCCCUUUAUCAAGAACCGAGACGCUUGCUUCGUCGAGACCCACAUGGAUGUCGAAUGCGACGGAAGGAAAGGCUGGGUGCGCGCACUCAAGUCCAUCGACCUGCCCGAGUGCCACCACCUCCGUGGGCUCGUUCGCAUGGACCUGCUUCGCUGCGGCCACGUCGUGCUGGAAUCUCCAGGCCGACCCGACUGCGUCCAAGUGCAUAUCUUGGUGCAUCUAGACAUGAAGGGACUCGUGCCAGCGUGGAUCGAAGACCUCUGGAUGAAGCGAACGUGCCAAGGGCUUCGCGCGCUUCGCAAGGCCGUGGUGGCCAAAAGAUUGGCCGCCACAGACCUCGUACACCAGCACUUGAGUUUGCGCACGUGCGAGCUGUGUGCGCGCCCGUUCACGUUCGGCACGACCAAAGCCCACUGCCGCCAGUGUAGCCAAGUCAUGUGCAAUGAAUGCAGCAGCACGACAACAUCGUCGCAGGAACAUCGACAAGCGCUCCCUGUGUGCACCACGUGCGAAUUGGCCACGUCCACCAAGCUCCCCCCUUUCAUCGCGCUCGACGCGCCAUUCGUUGGGUUGUUGCAUCGUUGAAGGCAUCCCUCAAACCACGAGUUCUCCCGAAGGGGUAUAUCCGGUUAAUAUCCGGAUACCCCAAUAUAGUGUACCUCGUUUUUCAC